AUGGCAGGCAAGUAUUGUUGUGUUGAAAUUUUGUGUUUCGUCGAAUUUUAUUCGUUUAUUACAUACAGCCUUUAGUUUAUUAGUGUUCAAUGUUCAUUAUUAAAUCGUUAUGUUUUUAUAGUUACUCUGGCCAACAAUAAAUUAGAAGAGUACAAAUGCGACGCUAAUUCAGCCCUUCACAUCAAGUUGGGUAAAUAUUUUUAUAUAAAAGGACCAUGUAAAAAAAUAUCCCAGUUUAUCAUCAGUGGCAGAAGAAAAAACCCGUGCGGGCAGGCGGAUUUUUUACCGAAUUACAUUUAGUAGGUGAAUGGAAAAAAUAUGCUCAAACACGCAGCACAGAUGUAUCAUGUGGGCGGAUUAAGAGGCUGUUUUAAUAUAUGAGCCCGGUUUGCUGGGCUGGCCUGCUUAAACCGGGUGUCCGGCUUCAUAGUAAUUUCCAACACAAAACAAUUUCACUUUACAUGACAACCGGACCAACCUGUUUAGCUGGGAUCCCACUUGACUCAAACAGUGUCCAGUCAGCUGAGCUGAAAUUUGCCCAUGUGAAGUCAUUAGCCCGGGCUGCCACAAAAACGUUGUUUAACACAAAAAUAUUUGUAGAAAUAGAUAUUUUUCUGAAUAAUGACUUAUUUCUUAAGUUAAUCUUGCAGAUAAAUUAGUUUUUAUCCAAUAAAACAUGAAUUUGACUUUCGUGACAAACAUAACGCUAUUAGUAAUGAUUUUUCUGUGUUGUUGUAAUGUGCUCAGGUGAAUAUGAUGCUUGUUAUGUUACUCUGAGUGUAUAUCCACACCGGGCAAGCUUGAAAAAAUAUGCCUGACCAUGGUGGAAAAAAUAUGCCUGACCACCUAACUCAUAUACAAGUUUUUCCUGCCAAUUUUCGCUUGCUGGCAUUUCAGCCUGGCUUACGACUCAUCCCGGCUAACUGGGAUCAUGCAAACAGCCCCUUCCUGGGGGAGGGGGUUAAACCCCCCUCCUAGAAUCUCUCUAACCCCUCUAAUAAAGUGUUCAACCCCACCAAAAUUUUGCUUCACCUCUCCUAUUUUGUGUGAAAGGCUUUAAGCCAGAUGCCUAACCCCUCCCGAAGCUUACUGAGUGGUGCUGCUUGCACCCCACCAGAAAUUUUUCUACCCCUCCUUUUAAAUGAAAAUCUGCCCUUGAGAUGUAUGGCAUAAUAUUUUCAAUGCUAUUACACUUUUCAAUAAUAUUACAAUUGCCAAGGCCCAAGUGCAAUAUCAUACACAGAGAACAAAGAUUAUAUUGAAACUUUAAUAUUUUGAGAUAUUUUUUAUAUAUACAAAAUGGCCGACCAUCGUUAAAAUCUUGCAUGGUCUGCCGGAAAUUGUGAUUUUUUAAAAAUAAAAAAAAACGAAAAAUGGAUAUGGGCGCUGAUGAUUAACUGGGAUAUUUUUUUACAUGACCUAAGUAAAUUUAACAAUGAUAUAAGGACAAAAAAGUCAUACGUCCAUUACAUCUCAUCAAAAAGUACCUAAAAUAUACUAUAAUACAGAAAAAUUUCAAUAUAUACUGUACAUGGCAGGUUGGUCAGUUAAUUGUUUCUAUCUACUGUACCAAACUGAUGUGCGGCAUUUUCGGAAGAUGGAGGAGGUAUUAAAUGGCUAUGCCCUACCCUUACUCUAACCCCUAACCCUAAUCAAUAUAAUAAAAUAAAUAAAAAAAGAUUCAACUUUAGAAAUUGAUCAAAUUAGAAACUGACACUGUUCUCAACCUUGGAGUGAUAAUGAUGUUGUUAUGAGAUUUCAUAAACUGGAACAUUUAUAACUCAUCCAUUCCUUCACAUCCUCCAAAAGGAGGAAAUCGCAAUUAAAAUCCAAAAGAUUCUAUAGAAACGACAAACGUGCAUGGCUGAAUUGAUAUUUAAAACGUGUAUCUAUUUCAUGGAAUAAUGGGUUGAAUUCUUUCAGACACCAUAAUGGACAAUGGACUGCCCACCCAUGUGUAAUUUCAAAUAAGGGCUGGACGGGAAACUAAAUCCAAUUUGGACUGGCCUAAUAUUCGAAAAUCGAUCAUUGGAAUCCAAUCGAUAAAACAAUGUCAAUCGAUGCCAGUAUAGUCAAUUGAUAUAGAUUGUUAUUUGCAAUUGAUGACCGAUCGAUAGUCGCAUACAAUUUGGACCAAUUUAAUCAAUCUUUAUUGUUUUUAAUAAAAUUGAUCGACUAUAUAGAAUCUCCAUAUCAUACAAUAGUAUCCUAUAGUGUAAAAAAUACAGGCAAUUGAUUUAUCAUGACAUAUUGUAGUCAAGAAUGGGUAGUAGCGAAGUAGUUGUAGUUCGCUACUGUAGCGAACUACAAUUUUCAAGUAGCCAGUAGUUUUUGACUACUUUUUCCAAACAGUAGCUUUAGUUAUAGCGAACUACAUUUUGCCUAAAAGUAGCCAAGUAGUUGACUUCUUUUCAAACAGCGAAUCGCUGUUCGCUACUUUUUAAAUUGUUAGCAACUUGAUAGAAUAGCAUGAUAUUGAGACACGGUUUGCUUAAAAUCAAUACUCAAUAGUCAAUUUGCACUCCUGAACACUGUAGUGCUUACAAAAAUGUUGCUUUGUGUUUGUUGUUGCUACUCGUAAGUCGAUUUGUUAUAGGUUACAUUACAGCCUGAGUUAGUAGAUGCUCCAAAUACAGUAAAACUAAAAAUUAUAGCAUAGCAAGAUAGCGAAAUAGUUCGCUACAUUUUUCAAGCAGUAGCUGUAGUCAGUAGCGAACUACCUUUGUACAAAAGUGGCAGUAGUUGUAGCUGACUACAUCUUUUUGAAGUAGCUGUAGUUAUAGCGAACUACAAAAAUUUUGUAGUCAACCCACCCUUGAUUGUAGUAUGGUAGCCUUAUUGGCCAAUUUCCAUUUGUUUACACAGAAAUACUAGCCUUUUUUGGUAAUUUUCUUGAUGGGUCAUUCCAGUAAAGAUCUACACUCCUUUUACAGAGGACAUUUCUGCCAUCUGGAGGGGAGGGGGGGGGGGAUUCCAAUUCUGAUAAUAGUAAAAUGUACUAAAACAACCAAAUGGGGUGGGAGGUUAACUUCCGCUGUGGCACAAAUGUGGAUGUUUUUCUGGAAUGACUCAGUUUAAUCGAGAGUCAGACUGAGUUUUCUCUGAAUAAUUGCUAGAUUUGAAGAUAAUUGUCUAGAGAAAAAAGUAGUACAGUCAAUCUGAUUAAUAAGAGAAAAAAAUAAGAGAAUGCCCUUUGUGCAGACAAAUAAUGUAAUUGAGGUUCUGUGCGUGGACUGUAUUAUUAUGUGUUAUUAGCAUGGGUGAAUCUCAGAUAUGACUGAGAUUAAGCAUGAGAGACACACAGUGCAACUUACUGCAUUUCGGGUGUGGAAGCAGAAUCAAUAAUUAACUCAUUAAGCCACAAUGGACUGAAACAGGCAUUGUCUUCUUAAUAUGCAUGUAUACUGUAUCAUUGUACUGUAUAAAUAUUUUGUUGAUAAUACAGUAUGUCAAUUGUUUUUAGUUACAAAUGAAAAGGAUGUGUUUGACCAAGACAAAAGCUUUCAUCCUGACAUGUCACAUCAGGUCUUUGGUGAUAGGUAUAAAAAAAAAUUCUGAACAUUUGAAGAUAGAUAUUUAAAACUUGUUGGAUUCAUUCAUAUCUUAUGAGUAUUAUUUUCUUUUCUUUUAAGUGAAGUGAUUUUUGGAUACAAAAACUUGGAAGUUCAGGUAUUUUCUAGUUUUUAUUUAAAAAGCAAAUUGUUCCGGCAUGCAUUUGUUAAUUAAGAGACGUUUUAUAUAAUGUUCCUUGAAAGUUUGCAUGACAAUAAAACAAGAUUCUCUUGUGAAAAAACCACAUACAUGUACUGUAUGUAUGUAUGUAUUAAAUGAAUGUGCUAGUUGCAAUAAUACAUACGUGGUGUACAAGCCAACAGAUAUACAAUUAUAAUAAGAUUCUUAUACUGUAUCCAGCAGGCAGCAUACAGUAUAUAGGGGGAAAUGACAAAAUGCAGACCCGACGUCUGUGGACCAAUACCACAUGGAUCAUUCAGAACAUUAAAACAAACAAACAAACAAGUUACAGUACCAAGCCAUCCCAAAACUCUUAUCAAAUCCUGACUCGUUUAUUCCAGAACUUUUCCAACGAUGGGAAGCAAAGAGAUAGGUCUAUAAUUUUCUGCUGCUCAGUGGUGGAAACUUUGCGAAAUAUUCGGGGGGGGGGGGGCGAGUGCCGAAAGCACGAGAUUUCUAGGGGGUAUGUUAUGGGGGAAUGCUCCGGCCAAAGAAACGUUUUUAAAUUUGGAUCCCUGAAAUGGCAUUUGCAGCAUUCUGAGAGCACAUUUUGUUAUUAUAUGCAGAAAUUUGAUGUUUUCAAAACAUUAAUUUAAUGGUGCAUUUUGUUAUAAAUCAUAUGCUAAGCAUGAAAAAAACGACAUUUCAGAGAAAAUCAUUCGUGAAUGGAAUUGUAAGGUGGUUUAACUCUUUCUCGACAAGUCCCACGCAUGUCAACUACUAGAAGCUGACGACUUUGCAUGUUUUAUUUUCGGUUCAGUGCAUGCUAUGAAGACAAUAAUACCACCAUUCGAUUCAGUGAAACAAUAUCAACUAAUUCCCCACGAUACUGUAGUUUGUCAUUGCCAACAUUGUAGCGAUUUAUGGCCUUUGAAAGUCAAGCGAGAUCGUAAUAACAUAGACUAUCCAUAUCUUUCCCGAACAUAACUUUAGAUCUGGGACGUAUCUUCGCACUUAUCUUCUUUGAAAUAGUCUUGUUCGAAUCACUAUCACAAACACUAUUUAGAGUGUAAUUUUCAAGCCUAUACAGUACCUUCAAAUUGGCAUCUUUAUCACGGUAUUUCCAUUUCUGGUCCGACUGUGAGCUAAUCCCAACCGGAAAUACAAUUUCAAAACGUCAAAACAAUGCGACGUUUGUAUCGUAUGACUCUGGAAAUGCCAGAGGCCCAGAAAUCGAUUCUAAAGGUAAACGUGCACCUCAGGAGCUCCUUAUUGGCCAGGUAUAGCGCGUGGCACGCACGUUACAAUUUUCAAAAUGAAAGCUACAGUAGCUAAAAUUAUUGGGGGCGGGGGCGGCGAUCGCCCCCUUGCCUCCCGUAGUUUCCGCCACUGCUGCUGGUUCUUUACGAUCUUUCUUGUGGACAGGCGUAACAUUGGCAUGUCUCCAUUCAGAUGGGAUUUGACCAGUGUGGAUCUGACCAGUGAUCUGCGAAUGAUUGAAUCGUUCACAAAUACUGGGUGCAACUUGAGGGCUGCAAAUAAAUAUUUGACUUGACAGGACAUUUGUCCGAUCACUUUUAAUUUUGGUCGGACAUAACUUGAAUUUGGUCGGACAAAAACCAACAUCACUAAAUUUGGUCGGACAUAUAUACGUCACAAGAUAUAUAUAAGUCACGAGACAAGUAUGUAUAGCCAUUCCGGCGCAACGUUAAGUAAAAUGCUAGAAUGCCUCGUAAAUUUUAUUGCAAACUGCAAAUUGAGUGAAUUUGCAAUCGGAUUUUGUCACAGCAAAAAAUGUAUAAUGUGACAAUUUUUUUUUGUGAUCGGACCAAUGUCCGAUCAAAAUUACUUUUGCUUGGACAUUUGCCGAAUUUAGUCGGACAUUGUCCGAUGUCUGACAGUAAUUUGCAGCCCUGAACUUGGAAGCUGCAUUCGUGCAGAAGACGAGUUGGAAUGUUGUAGAGGCCACACGCUUUGGAUGUGUCAAGGUAGCACAAACCUCGUACAACUUCUUCUGCAUUGAGUGUUUUAUUCUGAUUUUGAAUCUGUGGUAGGUGAACGAAAUAUGGAAGAGAAGUACGCGUUGAAAAGUGUAGCUUUAUCUUUCGCAGACUUAGCAGUAACUUUGUCGAACAUUAUUUCGUGAUGCAGAUUCGCUCGGUGGUGUAUAAUAGCUUUAUGGUAGCUCCAGAACAGCUCUGCUGCAUCCGUUCGAAAUUGAGGAGCUUUCCAAUAUAACACUCAGUCACUCAAUGAGGAAUGUUCUGAGCCAUAUGACUCGGAUGUAGAGAAUUCUGAAGAAAAUGCCACUCUCAAUCAAAUCAUAUUAAGUGAAGAAGAAGUCUUGAGUCAUUUACUUAAUGUACAUCAAUUUAAAUCGGGGGGGGCUGACGAAAUAUCGCCCAGGCUUCUCAAAACAGUUGCUAGUGAAAUUGCACCAUCACUGUGUGACAUGCCUCUUUAACUUAUCUUUAAAGCUAGGAAACGUUCCGGCUCUAUGGAAACAGGCUAAUAUCACACCGGUUCCGAAAUCUGGUGACGUUCAUUGUGUUCAGAACUACAGACCUAUAUCUCUGUUAUGUGUGCAGUGGCUUAAAAAAGAUUAGAAAGAUGUAUAUAUAGUCGCUGCUACGAGUCGUUUUCUGGAAUUGUGUACAAUAUGCAACACGGUUUUUUGCGAGGCAGAAAUUGUACUACCAAUUCAAGUGUACCAUAAGAUUUUGGAGGCAUUGCAUAAUAAGAAUUCCGUCGACGUUAUUCAUCUUGACUUCAAAAAGCAUUUGACAAAGUAUCCCACCCACUACUGCUUGCCAAGUUGAGAAAAAUAUGGUUUCAAAUGGUGCACUGUACAAGUGGUUUGAAAUUAUUUAUCUUGGAGAGUGCAAAGUGUUGCAAAGAUAUAGCGUACGUGUAAAGAUAUUCGUGAUCAGUCUAUAAGGAAAUUGCUUUACCUAACAAUAGUUAGACCAAUGCUGGAGUACUCGUCAGAAUUGUGGCCGCCUUCGAAAAUGAAAUAUCAGCUUGUGUUAGAAGGAGUACAGCGACGAGCUACAAAGUUCAUUUUAAAUUAUCCUGUCGAUAUCGGUUAUAGAGAGCGAUUAAUCGAAUUGGAAAUUUAAAAAUUAGAUUUCCGGCGAAAGAUGAAAGAACAGGUUUAUUACUCGCUGGGGCACCUGUGCCCAGGCGAGUAUAGGUUUCGGCUCUGUUCUCCAAUCGUCGAUAGCCAACAAAAUAGAAUAUUAAUGAGUUGCCUAAUUUCCCCCCCCCCAAUUAUCCAUAAGGUUCCUGCCAAUUUUACCCAAAUUAUCCAUAAACAACCAUGCAUUUUGAGGAAAAUUCGGGAAAAUUGAACAAUUUUACAAGGAAUUUCGACAUGGAAACAGCAACUUCGCAAAUCGCAAGUUUAUACCACAGUCUAAAUGUUUGGUACAAAAUAAAUGACUGUUUUAUGUUGAAAAUGGACAUGAUCUAAAUUAAUCAUACAGAAUUUUUUAGUGACGUUCUAUUUCAGCACCCUGCCAUUGUCCCUGGUGUGCUGUCCGUGUGCAUUCGAUCUGAAACAGUUGCUACUUUGCUGUCGAAACAUUUCGAAUGUUUACAUGAAAAUAGAGGCAAGUCAUGCAUUUUAUAACCUUGUAAACUGUAUGAGCCCCUAUUUUUACGCUUAUAACUAAGAUAUAAAAUAAAAAUACAUGAAACAGAGAACAUUUUUAGAACGUUUUAUCGUGAGGCCACGGCCAGUUGACCAGUUUUUAAAAUAUCUUCAUUUCUUUUCCGGUCAUCACCAAAAUUACACUGAAGCCGGACUUGAAUAUACAACAAAUUUUGAAUCUCAUCAAGUACAAAAAUAUUUAAUUAACGUGUAACUAAAACAUGCUCAUGAAAUCGAAAUUAAGAACUAAAUAUUCAAACUAGACCCUUCACGAGGCGGUUUUCAUGAAGGAAGUUCACUUUUCGGCCUUUGAUUCUUGGCAAAAAUUUGACCACAACACGUGCGAAGCAAUUGGGUCUCAAAGACUUAGCUAAAAUAUCGUGAGCCUCUAUACUUACUGUACCUUCAAACGUCGAAAAGUUUUUUCUUUUCAUUUAGCUAUAUUUGAAAUUGAAGCCACGGGCUAUUUUUAAGAAAAUACAGUUCAAAGUCAAGCUAUUUUUACAUAGUUUCAAAAUUCGUCAAAUUUCGCGAGCUUGUAUUUUGAACUUAGACUGCUGAAGUUACAUUAAGAAACACAUAGGAUGGAAAAUUUGAGGCAUAUAAAAUUAAUUUCAACUUAGAUUUCAUUCUCAUAUCACGUUUUUCUUCGAUUAUCACUGUUUUAAGCAAGCCAUUGCUCGACGUAUAUACGGUAUUUGCUCCGAUGUUCACGUUGCCAUAUUCACUUUUUCCAAUCACUCAAUAGACCUUUCCCCUUAUUACGUUUUCGUAGCGCUUUGCAUUGUGGUUAUAGUGGUAUCACUGAUAAAGAUAUAUGAAAAUAUUGAAUGUUUUCGCAAAUAUUUUGCUGUUGGCUAUCGCACACCUGACCCUAGCUUUAAAAGCUUUAAAAGUUCUUGCAUGGGUCAGGACAAAAAAUAAGCUAUCUUGAAUAUCAGUGAUACCACUACAACCACAAUGCAAAGCGCUACGAAAACGAUCUCAAAACAAGGAAUUCAUGAUCGAUUUUUAAAAGAAUAAUCGUUAAUUUGUAAACAACCUCGUACCCAGGCUCUUCGCCGCGAGGCGCGUAGUGGAAAGAGCCUGGGUACGGGGUUGAUUUGUAAAUCGUUUGAAUGGAAAGCAAAAAAUCGUCAGCUAAAACAGCUUCUUGCUAACUUUUUUGAAUGUAAUUGCAAUGGAGCUUUGUUUCUGCCCGCGAUGUUUUGGUCAGCGACGACAAAUUGUCCACCUGUUUCAUUUACCUAGAUUUUCCAAAGGCAUUUGACUCUGUUGACCACAAUAUUCUUCUCCACCAACUUAAACUCUAUGGUGUGUCAGGACAAUAGGCAAUUCCAGCUUUUAAUUUAUGCACGCAGGGGGUGAUGGGAAGUAAGGUAUCAUAUUGCUGAUUAUGCUGAAACAUUUCAAUAAAAACUGCCGAAACAACCGAAAUAUUUCAAUAUUUACAAGUAUAAGCUAUCACUCCGUGGUUACACGGCCGUCAUUUUUAUUUUUUCAGCAUAAUCAACAAUAUGUUACCUUACUUCCCAUCCUCCUCUGCGCGCAGAAAUUAAUAGAUGGAAUUGCCUAUUGUAUGCAACAAGUUGUGGUAGACGGAGUUGCAUCUUCCUGGGCACCUGUAACAUCUGGUGUGCCACAAGGAAGUAUCCUAGGGCCUGUUCUGUUUGGGAUCUUUAUAAAUGAUCUUCCUAAUGUACUACCAGACAAGACCUCGGCAGCAUUGUAUGCAGAUGACACCAAGUGUACAAAUCUAUUAAAUCGGAAGCUGACUGUAAAAUUCUAGAACACGCUUUGACCAGCCUUGAAUGUUGGAGCCGUGAUAACAACCUAUAUUUCAACCAGUCGAAAUGUAAGGUGCUGACCAUCACACGAAAAAAGACUCCCCUCGUGUAUGUCUACCACAUGAAUUCAAAGGAACUCUUGCGUGUGGAUAAAGAGAAAGACCUUGGUGUUUGCGUCAGUGCCAACUUCAAUUGGGAUGUUCACAUCCACACAAUCACUGGUAACGCUAACAAGAUGCUUCGGCCGCUGAAACGAACUUGCCCUCUUUUGAGAGACAAAACAGUACGACGAACGCUGUAUCUCUCGCUUGUUAUAGAUAUCACCCAUGUUACGCUAGUGAAGUCUGGUCUCCACACACUGUCAAACUCAGGUCUACAGUCGAAAGCGUCCAAAGAAGAGCCACCGCGUGGAUACUACAUUCCAAGCAUGGCAAAAUGACAUAUCAAGAACGGCUAAUGAAUCUGAACUUACUCUCCCUUGAUCUUCAAGGCUCUUUCUGGCAACACAGAUUUGGACGUCAACACCUUUGUCUCCUUUUCCAAUAACUCUGUCAAAAUCCAUCCCUCACCCUUAAAGUCCCCUACUGUAAAUCCAACACAUUCAAAGCAUCCUAUUUCAACCGACAAGUUAAAAUAUGGAACUAUACCUGUAAAGUUCUAGCUCCUACCACCUUCGGCCUUCGCCAUCCUCUCCUCGUUUAAAAGAAACAUUAGAAGCACAUAUAAACACUUGCUUGGGACAAUGUUCGACAUAGAAAUGCCAUGUACGUGGUCAUUAGUGCGUGACUGUCCAUGUCAUGGAACUUAGUAAAUAAUUAUGUUUGAUGUUUGUGCUUGUUUGUAUUGUAUUGUAUUGUGUUCUAUUUUAUUGUUUUGUAUAGUUUUAGAAUGGUAAGCACCUUGCACGGGACUUUAUAUCUCGUUGGUGCUGGAUAUUGUCCAUUUGGGUAUUCUACUUAUUUCUUUUUAGAACUGCUGUGUUUAAAACUUUGUAGAAUUCUCAAUUGUUAAAUAAUACUACUGUACUUCUUUUGAGAUUGCUUCGUGUUAAAAAUUCUAGUUAUACUACCAUGCUGGCAGUUUGUUGACAUACCUUGGUGUUAAAUAUGAUGGAAUGGUUGAUAAAUCAUUCUCUGAAGGAGUUGAGGUACAAACAACAGAUAUGAUACAAGAUUAUUUGUUAAGUGUUUGGUGGAAACAAUAUUUUUAUUUAUUUUGUAAAUGUUCUGUAGAACGGGCCUGAAUGUGAUGAACUGCUAUUUAUUUAAAAAUUUUAAUUUCUUGCUAAUGGCAUUGUAUUCAGUAACUUUGACAGUGAACAAAUUGAUCAACAUUGUAGGUCUUUGGGGCUAUUUUAUACAAUACACUUUUGAAGUGGUUUCUGAGCGGUGGUGUUUGAGCUACAAUCUUGGACAAAACCCUUGAGACCAUUCCAGCUAAUAUUCACAAAGUUAUUGAACAUUGACAAAACAAUCUUUGUCUCCCCCCCCCCCAGUUCAAUGUUGUGAACAACACCGAAACAACUUAAAGUGGCUGUAUCAUGGUUUUGGAGUUUGCAUAUCUUGAAAGUUUAGGGUAUUUUACUGUCGAUACAAUGGAAGUGUUGAUAAAAUAUUGCACCAAUUCCUUUCCUCAAGUUGAUCAAUUUAUUUGAUAGAAAAUUGAUCAACUUCCUGUUACUUUUGGAUGAGCCAAUUAGAUUUCGUUUCAGAACCGAUUGACCAAUAGGAAACGCACAGGAAGUAAAAAGAAAUUUGAAUUCGUAAGAAUUGAUCAACUUGAGGAAAUGAAUUCAUGCAAUAUUUUAUCAACACUUCCAUGCAUUGCAUCGACAGUAAGACACUUUGCAAUAUAUUUUGUUAUUGAAAAAUUUCUUCUUGAUGGAUUUAAUAUUAGCUCUUAAAGUUACCGGACAUGACGUCAAAAGGAGAAUUUUGUUGCAAUGAUACAAAGGAGAACUGAUUUGCAAUUCUCCUUUUGACGUUAUGUCCGGUAACUUAUAAAUCCAUCAAGAGCUAAUAAAUCCAUCAAGAUGAAAUUUUUCAAUAACAAAAUAUAUUGGAAAGUGUCUUAAAAUACCCUAAACUUUCGAGAUAUGCGGUGGCCAGACAGUUUGCCGAAAGACACUUUGCCGAAAGACAUUUUGCCGAAAGACAUUUUGCCGAACGGACAUUUUGCCGACGGACGUUUUGCCGAACGGACAUUUUGCCGAACGGACAGUUUGCCGAACGGACAGUUUGCCGAAAAUAGAGAUAUCUUCUGAACUUUAUACUGUAGGUUCGUUUACACGGUCAAAUUUUCUGUGAUUAAAGUCAUUGUCGAUUUUGAUGGCAGAAACUUUGAUAGUGAAGUAUAGUUUCGUUUUAUAUUCUUUCAAGUUUUUGACAAAUUUACCGAAAUUUCGCGAUAUAAAGAAUAACAUCAUUCAACAUCAUUGAAGAAUGCGAUUUUCCCGCGGAAAACUGUGAAUGUAUUCCAUAUUUCCAUGAUUCUCGAAGUGAAAUUCGCUGACGUCGUUGUCUUUGCAUACGCUUGUUUGUUUACGACCUGACGUCAAAACACGUUGCUAAAGCCGGUUUUCCAUUAGGCGGAAUUUUGCGCGCGGAGCGGAAUUUUUCUUUGUCUUGUGAUUCCUCAGGUGGAACUAAUUAGAAAAGACAAAGAAAGAUUCCGCUCCGCGCGCAAAAUUCCGCCUAGUGGAAAACCGGCUUACCAAACGAGUCAUCCGCUGCAGAAACAAGCUACCAAUAGUCAAUAUGGUUAUGUACUGCUAACGACCAUUAUGCACUGCUAAUGACCAUAUAAUGGUUAUUUUACACAAUGGUUGAGAAUUACAAGGUUGAGAAAUGAGGCACAGUCCCAAACAUUUUGACGAAAUAUAGCAUCUCUAUUUUCGGUAAGUUGUCCUUUCGGCAAACUGUCCAUUCGGCAAAAUGUCCGUUCGGCAAAAUGUCCAUUCGGCAAAACGUCCGUUCGGCAAAAUGUCCGUUCCGCAAAAUGUCUUUCGGCAAAAUGUCUUUCGGCAAAGUGUCUUUCGGCAAAAUGUCCGGGUACCGAGAUAUGCAAACUCCAAAACCAUGAUAUAGGCACUUUAAUUGGUAAUAUACCAUGAUAUAAGCUCAACAUUGAGUUGGGGGAGCGGGGGCUUAAGAAGGGCAACAUGAUUCAACAUGGAGUUUAUCAUAAAAAUACGCGAAUUUUCUAUAGAGGGAAAAUAGUCUCAACCAGUUAUGUCAAAGAUUGUAGUUGAGCCUGAGGAAUUCUACAUUUACAUGUCUUCACCUUGGGAAAAGUUUAAGCCGGGAAAUUGGAGGCAGGGAUGGAUACAGCAUGAUCUGGUAGGGGGGGGGGGUGCUCUGCCAGCUCUGGUGCAGAGUUGUGUCGGUCACGUGCGCCACCCUCCCAUUAACAUACAGCAGUACUUGCUUCACUACUGUAGUUGAACUAUAAUUGUUUGCAGUUCGCUUAUCAUGUUAUUACUCAAAUUACUGUAUCUCAUUUUGUCUCUGAUAUUUUUGCGUCAUCAUGAAAAAUAGCACACCCUCCGCACACCCCAUCCCCCGUAAAUCCAUCCCUUAUUUGAGGAUAUACAUAUAUAAAUGUUUAAUUUUUUGUUUAAUAUGUAGCCUGAUGACAUAAUUUCUAAAGUUGCUGACUUCUUGGCUCCAGGUACAUUGCGGUGUAUAUAUUGUAUAUUCUAAAGUAUUCUACAGUACAUGUGUUCAAACUACGCCUACGGUGCUAAAUGUUUAAAUUGUACAAUUUAAACUACGAACUUAUGUAGGUGAUGCAUUUAGCUGAAAAAUAUAAAGUUCUUUGAAGUUGUUAUUGUAUUUUUCAGGUAAUUGCAUCAAAUACCCAAGUUCACAGUUCGUAUUAUUUGCUACCUAAAACUGGUACCCACUGUUCAAGUACAAUAUUUACAGUAGUGUGUACAAUAUUUACAGUACUGUGUCGUACAUAUUGUCAUAUUAUGUUGUACUGAUUUCAUCAGCUUAGUCUGUGUACUUUAUAUUGCUCUAUUUACCGUAUAUAUUCCUAUAUGUACAGUAUGUUUCAACUUACUUGUUCCUUUCCAUUUCGUAUUGAACUCACAUGUUUCUCUUGUUUAUAUUGAACUUACAUGCCUUCUCUCCUUUUCAUGUUGAACGUACAUGUUCAGAGCCUGAAAUAAUUUUAAAAUUUGUCCGGAAAAACUUCCGAUCAAAACGAAAUUUGACCGGAAAUUUGCAAAAUUGACCGGAACUUUUUUUUAGUUUAGUUUGACAAAGUCCACUCCCCCCCCCCCAAUGAGCAAACUCUGUCAAGCAUGCAGACGUGCACUGAGUAAAUCACUCUACUUGCAAUUGUGUAAGGUAAUUGUAACUGUAGCGAAAAUUCAAAAUGGUCGUGAGCCGGGUGAUUUAAAUUGCAAAUUAUUAAGACUCACCUCACAUUUUCACGACAACACCACGCUGUAAGCCACCUUGUUUAUUGAGCCCGUGAACCAGCCUAGUUCCUGGCCUUCUCGCUUCCGCCUCAUUAUUUUAGGGGGAAAUUGAUAAGGUUUGCAGGUUGACCGUGAUAAAGCUGUAUUAUUUGGAGACUGGGGAAACUGACAGCCCGCAAGUUCAUGACAGCCUGUAACUCGCCCGCGCUUGGAAGGCCAGGGACUAGGCUGCCCGUGAACUAUACUUUCCAGUUGAUUACUUUAUAUUAGCCUAAUAUAGAUAAUCCAAACUUACAGAUGGUACUCACUGUGCUGAGCGCCGACCCGAUCAUUAAGAAAACAUUUUUCUUUUUCUCAAAAUUUGGCCGGACAAAAUUUCCGAUCAUUUCAGCAUUUGGUCGGAAAAAUCGGAAUUUGGUCGGAAAACCGCCGGCCGCCGGCCGUUAUUUCAGGCUCUGCAUGUUUCUCUUAAAGUUAUUGAACUCGUAUGUUUCUCUCCUUUUCGUCUUCAACUUACAGGUACAUGUUUCUUUCGUUUUCGUAUUGAACAUACAUGCUUCUCUCCUUUUCGUGUUGAACUUACAUGUUUCUCUCCUUUUUAUAUUGAAGUCGCAUGUUUCUCUCCUUUUCAUGUUGAAUUCACAUGUUUCUCUCCUUUUCGUGUUGAACUAACAUGUUUCUCUUCUUUUUAUAUUGAACUCACAUGUUUCUCUCCUUUUCGUGUUGAACUCACAUGUUUCUCUCCUGUUCGUGUUGAACUCACAUGUUUCUCUCCUGUUCGUGUUGAACUCACACAUUUCUCUUCUUUUCGUGUUAAACUCACAUGUCAGUUCUCUCCUGUUCGUGUUGAACUCACAUGUGCCUCUCCUUUUCGUGUUGAACUCACAUAUUUCUCUUCUUGCGUGUUAAACUCGCAUGUUUCUUUCCUGUUCGUGUUGAACUCACAUAUUUCUUUCCUGUUCGUGUUGAACUCACAUAUUUCUCUUCUUUUCGUGUUGAACUCACAUGUUUCUUUCCUGUGUUCGUGUUGAACUCACAUGUUUCUUUCCUGUUCGUGUUGAACUGGAACUCACAUGUUUCUUUCUCAUGGUGAACUCACCUGUUCCUGCCCUUGUGUCUGAAGGUUGUUGCAGUAAUUUGGAUCAGUUUAUAUCAAAACUUCUGAAGAAGAGAAAUUUAUUCCCAUGGGAGAAAUUAUCCAAAGCUACACAGUUGCAGAGCAAACAUAUCAAGUAUACAAGGUAUAUGCAGUGGCGUAGCUAGCCCGACGAUUCAGUCCCGCUAUGCAAGUAUUUCCAUGUUUAUAAGGUAUCAACACAAUCAAUUUCUAAACAAAUGAAUAAUGAUAAUGAGUUGAAAUUUGCAGAGCACGACCAAAUCGUCGGGCUGGCUACGCCACUGGGUAUAUGUGCUUUUUAUUCAAUACAUGGUCGCUUUAACGUAUUCAUGUCUAAUAUUACGAUAAGAUUUGAUUGCGAUCAUUAGCAGGGGUGGAAAAUGGGACUCGGACUGCGAGAGACAGGGUAAAAAAAUCCGCGUUUAACCGAAAUUAUGGGAAAAAAUAAUUGAAUAUUUAUAACAACUAUUUUUUGACUGACCUAUUGUAAAUUGGGAAAUUGCGACAUCAAGGAAAACCGCGUUUAACGCGGAAUUUUCGAAUGAAGCUAACACCCUGAGCACAGAAUAACAAUUUAACCAGAGGUCCCACUCUCGACAUAUCAAAAAGCUGAUUACAUGACUUGUUUACCAAUCUGGAAACGAGUGCGUUGUAUAAAUUUGUAUGGCUUGGCCGCGCUCGUUUCAGAUAGCUAAACAAGUGUAAUGUGGAGAGUGGAGCUUCUGGUUAAAUUGUUAUUCUGUGCCCGGAGAGAAAAAUCGAAAAAUGUUCUGGGACUAAUCAAGUAAAGCGACACUAACAAGUUGUCAAACCUGAUGUCAUGGUAUACAGUAUGUUAACAGACAAAAAUUAUUUUAGUGCACUGAGAAUCUUUUUACGUUUAGGACUAGAAAAUACAUGCAUGCAGAAACCCCUCGCCUUGCUGACAAAACGUAUUUUCCGAACAUGACGUAUUUAAAGUAGUUGUCAUGGUAAUGCUUCCUUUAUUUAGCUCUUCCCAUCACUCCUUGCGCGCUCACUUUUCCCUCACUAGAAACUUCAUGUAAGCCUCUGCGGAGGAGAGAGGGCUUGCGGCAACUUGUCAACAAGUCGCGACAGGUCUGUUGGUUUCGUCAGGCGGUAACAGGCUUGCGGGAACAGGUCUGUCGCAAGCUGUUGACAACAGAGACGUAGCGACUUGUUGAAACAACCCGCUACAAACCUGUUACUAACAAGAGAUAACAGGUCUGAUAGAACAACUUGCAGCAAGUCUGUUGAAAUCAACAGGUCUGUUACAACUUGUUCCAACAGACCUGUCGCGAGUUGUUUUUGUCAAGUCUGCAGCAAGCUUGUUAUCAGACCUGCGACAAACCUGUCCACAACAAACAAUUUUUGUCCUGUCACAACAAGUUUCAACAAGCCUGUUGUAGGGAAACAAAUCGAAAAUGUGAGUAAAGAGAAAAAUCGCACGAAAUGGACACUUCAGGCGUUACUUUCUCAUUCAAUCAUUGUCAUUGGUGGCAAUAUUAAAUCACAUAGGAGAGACUAUAGACUAUAGUGUCUAUUCUCUGAUUAAAUGCAAAAGCCGCUGUUUUAUUUUUAAAAAAAUAAUUCCGAUUUCCAAAAUCCAAAUUCCAAUUUGUUGACGUGUGCUAUCGCUAUAUUUCUUAAAUCUAAUUGGAUAAAGGCGUGUGCAUACGUCAUCGUUCCUCGUUGCAAUUGGACGAAAUAUUAUACAAACAUAUCAAUCACGUAAUCAUGUUUAGUUGUUUUUGAAUUUACGAGCCAAACAAAAUUUCAACAACUGCCUCAAACAAAAUCAAACAUGUUCAAAGCUGUUUUGAUUUUUGAAGAAACUGUGGCAAUGAGAACACAAGUGUUCACUGCAACGUUCUUCAUUGUUGAUACGAAUAUGAAAUUCGUUACAUAAUUUCUUUCCAAUUUCAAGUGAAAUCUGCGAGUGAGGAAGACGCCUUAUUGAAGCUUUGUGUUAUUGUAUGUACUAUCACAGAGUAGAGACAUACAGAGACGUAACUAGUAUACCUACUUUUUUUAGUGCGUAUGCUCGGCAAGUUACUAGAUGCAUGCAUCUGAUUGGAUGACGACCUGAUGACGACUCACUUUAAACUUGCUGAGCACGCGCAGUUGAUCAUUUUUUGCCCGGUCGCCUGAAAAAAAAGUGGGUACAUGAAAACGUAAGCUUCCGCAGUGUUUACAACGGUCAGUUACGUCUCAGUAUGUCUCUACUCUGUGGUACUAUUUUGAAGAAAAAUAUGCAAGUAGGUUGUCAUAUUUCAGUCGUACUUAAAGACCAAUUAAUUUUGAAAAUUGUUUACGGUAAGAACCUUUCUUUAAUUUGUCGUAUUUUUUCGGCUGCUUUGCUCAAAAAUUAUCUCGCAAAUUUGUUUAUAAGUGUUUUAAUACAUGAAUAUGUCAACCUGUUUGGCCGUUUUUUGUUCAAAAUAGUGGAUACACAAGCUUCAUAAUGGGCGCUUUCCUCGGUUUGCAACAGGUCUGUCACAAGUUGUUGAAAACAGCAUUGCUGCAGCUCUGUGUCAACAACUUGCGACAGGCCUGUUGAAAACAGCAUUGCUGCAGCUCUGUCACAACAGCUUGUAACAUACCUGUUGAAAACAGCAUUGCUGCAACUCUGUCACAACAGCUUGUAACAGACCUGUUGACAGGCAGUUGCGGACCUGUCAGAACAGACAGGUACACACGUAAAAACGCACAAGUUGUAACGAGUCUGCAAACAAGUUGUUACACGUCUGUUCACAAGCUGUCAACAAGUUGUGUUCGCACUGCUUGUUCCCAGUUUGUUGUAACAAGUUUGAAACAAGCUGUUAACAACUUGUAACAAGCUUGAUGGCAUUAUUAGCCUUGUUACAAGACUGUGCUAACAAGUUUGUUACAGCCAUGAUAUAACAAGGAUGUUACAAGGUUGUCAACACAAGGUUGUAACAAUCGUGUUAUAUCAAGCAUGUAACGGACUUGUCAGAACAACCUUGCAACAAGUCUGAUAAUUUCGACAAGGUUGUUACAAGUUGUCAACACUUUGUUCCAAACCUGUUAACAACUUGUGACAAGCAGUGCGAAUACAUCUUGUUGACGGCUUGUUGGCCGACUUGUUACAAGAUGUGAGAUUUUUACGUGUGUACAAGGCGAGCGAACGCAUCCAGAUAUCGGUUGUUGACAACCGAUAUCUGGAUAUAUUGUUGACAACAGGUUUUAACAGAUCUGUUGCAGAUGUGUUUUGGCUUGGGAAAAACGUCCGAAAUUUUUUACGUGCUAUGACGUCAUCCUGGAGUGCACAUGGCACUUUGUACCUAUGUUUGUCUUAUGAAAAACUUCCUUGUGCACUCCAGGAUGGCGUCAUAUGAUGGCGCAUUCUUACGUCAGCACUCGUAAAAUUUGGGACGAAAUAUCGUCUGAGUGACCCUUCUGGUCUAGUAUCUAUUCUGUGGUUUGGUAUUUCGCUGUCGUCAUGCAAUCGUUAGACGUUAUAAUGCAAAUUUUAAAUUUGACCAAUCAGUGUUCACUAUUCAUGACAGUCCGCCAUAUUUUUGAGAUCAGUGAGGAUGACAACCCACCCAGCACGCACAGUGAGCCACGCCCGCGGUCAUUGAUGAACUUUACACCAAUGCUUUACACUUCGCUAAUGCUUUCGUUUCCCCAGGUGUAAAUAGCUGGGCGGAAUUAGUACCCUCGCACGGCGCUUCGCGCCGUUGGCUCGGGGAAUAUAACAUAAAACUAUUUUAGAUAACAUGCAUCAAUGGUCGGAUCCUAAGGUAAAUACAGAUGCCAAAAAGGGGCACUACAUACUGUACCAGGGGGAUCCAUGCUCCCCCAGAAAAUUUUGAAAAUCAGGUGUCCCAGAUUGGAUAAAAGUGCAUUUGCCAUGUAACAUUUGUUACACCAUUCUAUAGUCUAUACAUUCACACACUAUUAAGAUGGAUGCACGUAUAAUUGCAUUUAUGAGGUGACGUCAUACCCUACAACGUUCUUUCUUUUGGUUGCACUGUAUGUUAUUUGUUUUUAGGCAGAUGUCACAACUCCAAAUUUUAGGAAGUACCACAAAAGACUACAGACAUUUGUUCUCUGGUAUAUUGAUGCAGCUUCGUUUUUAGGUCAGUAUUUCCAAUUAAAUAAAGCAAAAUCAUGCAGUUGAUGUGCUUAGUACGAUUAGGCCAUGUACCGUAGGAAAUGUCCCGUUUAUCAUCAGUAGCAGUAAAAAAUCCGUGCGGGUGGAUUUAAAAAAAAUUACUGAAUGACAAUUACUAGAUGCACUUGGAACAGUAUUUUCGAAUGCAAUACACCCUUUCGAUAAUUACGUCACACAUACUUUUCGGUCUUGGAGUCACGCUCUCAUUAGUAAAUUACGCAGGGUGAUUGCAGGCCUUAAAAGAUCUUUUACAGGCCCGUCUGACAAUGUCCGGUGACGUUAAGUUUGGGUCGGACAUAUGUCCGAUGACCUUCAGUUCAGUUUUGACUCGGAAAUAAGUCUGAAUGACACAAAUGAAUAUCAGCACAAUGUAUUAAUUCUGAACGGUAAAUGUUGUAAAGAUAUUAAAUAAUUUGUUUCUUUCACACUUAUUUCCAAGUCAAAAUUAACUUGCUUUUCAGAACAGCAGUAUUAAAAAGACUUCUACAACUUAAGCCCGUUUUCCAUUUCACCAUUUCGCUCGCCGUCCUGCGCUCGACUACGUUAAAACAACUUACAUUUCCAGUUCACCUUUUAUACAACAGUACUGUGAUUUUCCAUUUAACAUACAAGCCUCUAGCCCUGGGCUAGGGUACAUUUUGAUUUUCGUCGGACAAAGCUACAGUUCCGUAGGACACCAAUACACUCGGGUCGGACAAACAAUAAACCUCAGUUUCACUUAGGUCGGACAGAAUGUCGGUAGUUUCCUCUCUACGUCGGACAAUUUCACGAAUGGGUCGGACAAUGUCCGUGACCGACCGAUAUUUUAAGGCCUGGAUUGGCUCACGAUUAUGAGAGCGAGUCUCCCAGGCCAAAUGACGUAAUUAUCGAAAGGGUGUAUUACACUUUUCAUCUGAAUUGCCAGGAACUUCCAGCACUUAAAUCUAAUAUUUAUCAUAAACGUGCUGGUGAGAAAUCAGCACAGUAUUACGUACUAUUUAAUCGCAAAAGUGGUUGACAAAAUACAAGUAAUAUCUCCGGUUGGGUUAACCACUGUAAACCGUUGAGUGUCUAGGGAAAGUGAGUUAGUUGAAAUUUUGGAUAUAGAUUUGUGCGGUUAGAGUCAGGGUAAGGAUAGGGCUAAGCAUUCAUAAAUUUAUAGCCAUCAAUUUAUAAUACUCCAACUCCGAAACAUAUGGUGCCAUGUCCCUUCCUGCGCAGGAAAGGACAUUAUUUAAAGGGUUUCAACUGUGAUUUUUCCCAUAAUACCAGCCCGCUACAACAUCUUCGAUUUUAUCAACAACACUUGUCAUCCCCUUUUCAUAAACGAACUCCUUAUCCCUAUCAAAUCCUUCCACUAGCGAUGAAAUAUCCAAUUUGCCACCCUCCCAUGAUUUACUCGUAUACAGCACCUAAUAGAGAUCCCCACAAGAUCACCCAUGAAGACGUUGCCUGUGCCACUACAACAACUAUUCCCUUUACUUUAUCAUAAGAGUUUAAGUAAUAAUCCCAACAUGUUUCUCCCCAGGUAUGCUAAUUCCACCCUUAUUAAUACUACCCAUGAUACUACCCAUAAUACUAUCCUAGUUGUGAAGAUACCCGUCAGAAGAAAUAUUCCAACUUUUAAGUUCAAGCCGCAAUAAAAGAGUAAACUCUAAACGAGAUCACGUAAAGUUUAAUUGUAUUGAAAUUAACACACAUCAAGAAAGGAAAUACCCUCUCCCUUCCCUCUUCGUAUCAAAUGUUUGUCACAUCACAAAUAAGGUGACUGAACUAUCUGCACGCUGUCAUAUCCAUAAACAAACCAACAGUAAAUUUGAUCGUAGAAACAUGGUUAACAGACGAUAUUCUGAACAGCGCUAUAAACAUUGGCGGCAACUGUUCUAUUUUUCGUCUUGAUCGACCAACCCGUGAGGGUGGAAUACUAGAGUACAUUCAUAUGUUGGUACCAGCAUCUCGCCUGUCAAACCUUGAAGAAGCCGGAAAGAGGUAAAACCCCACCGUACCCCGAGACCCUUUAGUGCCAUCAUUGUGGUCACUGUUUACUAUUCACCGGGGCAGUCGAGUUUACUGAAAAAGAACAUGAAAUGUCAAUGUCCUUCUUUCUCGUCCUUCGACAAGAAUAAUUAUCGCUGGGGAGUUUAAUAAACUAAACCUAAGACGGUCUUUUGGGUCGUUUUGACCAUCAAUGUAUGUUGCUAAAUCCCAAAAUUGCCAACAAACCCCCUCCUAUUUCCAAAAAAGUCAGACUGCAUAAACCCGGAAGCAACAACGGCACUCUCUGUUAGACAAGGCUAUGCCAGAAGUGACAACCCCAAUUACAUCAGAUAAAGCUUGAUUACCCACAUAAUUAAGAUACUGUACAGAUCAAAGGGGGGAUUCAAAGCAAGACAAAAGGCUUUCUCUCGAGGUGAUAAAGUAAUCGUUCUAUCAUACUGAAGGGAGAGAUCUCCGUCAAAAAGAUCCCGCAAAAUGGUAUAAAAUUGUUUAUACUUUGUUGGGUGCUGAAACGAAAUAUAACUCCUUACAAAUCCCAUCUACAGUAAGGAAGUCCUGGCUGAGGUUGCUGCGAACCGCAUUUAUACUGACCCAUGGAAAGAUGUCAAUGUUGAUCUCCCAGACAUAAAUGAAGUUAACCACUUACUUAAGAUUACGUCACCACCGCUGCCUUCCCUUGGACAGGUACCGUCCUACCUUAAGCACCUUAAUCCAAAGAAAGCAACAGGGAUAGAUAAAAUCCCCGCCUGGUUUUUAAAACACUACUGUGACGAUCUCACGCCAGCGAUAUACGAUCUCACGCCAGCGAUAUAUAGUAUCGUAACCAGUAGCAUUACUCAAUCCAAAUAUCCCACUGCGUACAAGCAUGCAAUUGUAACUCCGGUACCAAAGAUACAUCAACCCCAAGAUAUAAACAACGACUUCAGGCAAAUAUCGGUGCGACCCCAUCUAGCAAAAUUGUUAGAGAAAAUACAAUUGGAACUCAACUUUCACAAUUUGCAAAAAAAGGAAAACCAACAUGCCUUCGCUAAAAAUCAAUCCACCGUUUCAUCCCUGAUCUCGAUAACCUAGAAUUGGUUUGACACAACAGAUAACUCCAAUACCGGAAGAAAUGCAUGGGGUCCAUAUUACUUUCUUGGAUUUCAAAAAGGCUUUUGACCUUGUCGGCCAUAGAAUCUUAUUAACAAAAUUAGCGGAAAUGAAUGUAUCAAAGGCUUUCUGGACAUGGGUGAAGUACUUUCUUACGAAGCGGACUCAACAAGUGAAUUUGCAUGGAGUUAUGUCUUCAAGCGCCCCAUCCCCAGCUGGCGUUCAGCAAGGCUCCGUCAUUUCCCCAACUCGAUUCAAUAUUCAUAUAAAUGAUUUGGAAGACACAUUAACAAACAACAACCCCACAAAUACGCGGAUGACUGCACCAUUGAUGAAGUCGUUGCAAACGGAGCCCUCUCAAACUUGCAGGAGUCGACAAAUCAAGUGAUGAAUUGGGUCAAUGAUAAUAAGAUGACGGUAAAUCCAAAGAAAACAAAGGACAUGUGGAUCAGUUUUUCCCAAUCUUCUCCUGAACCUCCACCCAUACAAACAGACGGAAUUGAAAUAGAAAGAGUAAACACCUUCAAACUUCUUGGUGUAUUAUAUGGAUGCAAAACGACUUAAAUUGGAACACCCAUGUUCCCAAAAUUACAAACAAAGCGAAUAAAUUAUUAUUCCUUGUUCGAGAAUGUAGGAAAUCCUCCCUACCACCUGGGAUUGGGCUACUGACAUACACGACGAAGAUUCGGCAAAUACUUGAAUACGCUUCGCUAAUCUGGGGGGAAUUCCUAAAUAUCUCGAAACAGAAAUUGAACGCGUUCAACAAAGAAGCCUGAGAAUCCUAGGACUGGAGAAAUAUACCCUACCCACACUAAAAGAAAGAGGGGAAAAGGCAACAUGCAACAAGCUGAAAAGAAUCGUGGAAGUCCCAAACAACCACGUAACCGUUACUUAGCCAACAGAAAUAAUCAAACUUACGAACUGAGGAGGACUAGAGACAGCUUUCCAAGACAGUCCUAAAAAAUAGACAUGCACGUCUUUUAUUCCAAGGGUGUGUACAUUAUCAAAUUCAUGAAUGAUAUGAUUUUUACUGUAUAUUGUAUUUAAAUAGUUUUUCAACUUUAAAUAUUUUACACCUUUCAUUAGGCUUACAUAUAUAUGUAUUUAUGUAUUUUACAUCAAUUCAUUGUAUUUCUAUUCCAAAGAUGAAUAUUGAUUAAAAUUAUAAAGAAAAUAAAUUAUAAAACAGCGAGCAUGAAUUUAUAACCGCAAUUUUGGUUUGUGAGCUGAAAACGUCAAUAAUUUAUAUUAGUAAAAAAUGCAUGCAGCGCGGGAAACGGAUGCGGGAGCUGAUGAUAAAUCAGGAUAUAUUUACAUGGCUUUAACGCAGUUGUGCUAUAUCAAGCAUUUUAAUAAUUUGUUCUUUUAUUGACAGAUAUGGAUGAUGACAGAUGGGACUUUUUUCUCAUGUAAUUUUAUUCUCUUGAUAUUCUUAUUAGUAACUAUAUACAGUACAAUCAAUCUAAGUAUAAGCUUUAUGCGCUUUUGCAAUGAAAUUUUAAAAGAAAAUUUAAAGUGAAAGUCAAGUCCGUUCUGCGCAUCGGUUCUGCUCAUAACAAUGUGAGGACCCUCUAAUGUAAACAUUGCCCAAAUUUCGAAUGUUUCGAAUUUUUCUGAACAUAAACUCUAUUUCAAAUUCAUUUAGAAGCGCAGCGAACCAAAAUGAUGUUAGAUAUUCAGACAGUACAUCAUAUUUAAAAAAAAACUACUGCAGUUCAAAAUGUAAACAAACCGUUUGUUUAUAUGCGGACUUGACUUCCACUUUAAAGUAACCAAACAUAAUAUUUCCAUUUUUAUUUUGCCCAACUUUCUUAGCGUGCUUCGUUGUAACAAUGUUUGUGUAGGUAAUAGUAUGGUUUCGAGUACAAUUUGGAAAAAACAUGCACGAGUGAGUUUUUCAAAGACUAUCAAUUUCGGACUCGUGCAAUUUGAAGUCUUUGAAAAACUCACGAGUGUAUGUUUUUUCAAACUGCACGAGAAACCAUACUGUUACUUACUAAUAAUAUACAUGAAAAAUUAUGCAUUCACGUGCGUAAGUCACAUAGAAAUUAGAAAAUUAAGAAAUUUGAAAAAUAUAAAAUUAAGAAAAUUUAAAAAAUUAAGAAAUUUGCACUGUAUUUCUUUUUUGCACUGUAUUUCAUUUUUUGGCACUGUAUUUCGAAAAAAUUCACUCUGGCUCUUAGCCAAUCAGAAUUGUAUAUUAUUAGACAUGCAAAUGACUAUCAGAUACAUUCCUGAAGAAGGCUAUAAUGUGAAAUAACAAUAAUGGUCAUUUGCGUAUAAAAAUUCCUACUUAUCAUGCAGUCUCUACAAAAGGAAGCAAGUGUGGUAGAUUUAUUCCUAGCCAAGCAUGCAAGAUUACUGGAAAUGUGCGUGUACGCGUGUGGGGGAGUCUUCAAGAUCUUUGUUUGUUGGAGAUGAGCCGCCUGGCUCUCAUUCUAUUUCAGACCAAAAAGCAUUUCAGGCCAUAAAACAUAUCCUAUUCAGACCAGUAGGCAUAAAAACACCCAACAAUAUUUCUGAUCACAACUGUAAUAUCUACAGUAUACCUCAAUUUCAGGCCAAAACAAGUCAAAGCUUUACCCUUCGGGGGCAGCACAUUGUACCUGCAGCAUUUAGGGGAAUAUCUUAAUUACCCAAUACCAUUGUAACAUUGUCUUAUUGCUAUAUUGUUAGGUAUAAGAAAUUCAGAGAGGCUGGCACGACAACAUACAGUAUAGUGGGGUAUAUGACUGCGUAUCGAUACUAUGCUUACCCUGACAUGAAAAGACCACGAAUAAGGUGAAAAUUAUUAUUCAGUAGAUCAUGAGCUUUUUUCAGAAAAUGACAAUUAAGCACGGGUGACAAAUGCGGGUAGUUAAGUCUGCUACUCUAGGUCAAGGGUAUAGGAUUUACUUAAUAGGUUCAGUGACAUACCUGUACUUGAAAUAUCAUGCAUAUAGUAUUUGUGCUUCGAGAGCUUUUCUCCGGGUCUUCGGUUGUCGUCCUUCAAAUGCAAACACUAAUCCGGGCAUAUACUUGUAUAACGUGCUUCAGGCUCGGGUGAAUUGGCCGACCACAGCGUGUGUUAUCGAUAUCAACUAAAUAAUCCAAAUAAUUUCAUGUUGUAGCUGGGUCAGUUACAAAAACUAGGACGACCCCCCCCCUCUCCCUUCAUUUGCCUGAAAGAUUGCGGAUUAACUAACUCACUAAGUAUCUGAGUUGUAGGAUUUUUUAACCAUGAAAUCCUGGUGUUCUUUACCCUCGGCAAGUUAGCGUCAAAGUUAAGCCAAAAACUUCAAGGGGCCCUACAGUCAUUUUUUAGUCGAAAAGCCACCUUAAGUAGGGGACUCCACGGAGAUUCGUUCGGCUGUAUCUUACAUGCAGUAUCCAUGAGUAUGAGUACUUUCGCACAUCGGAAGACGCAUGCAUGCCGUGGUGCGCAUGUCAAGUAGCGACAAUAACAAAAAAAUGUAAACAAUACUUAAGGUGGCUUUUCGACUAAAAAAUGACUGGAUGGCCUCUUUAACUAACGUACGAGGACUGGAUUUAAAUUAAAGGGCUAAAAUAAAUACCUGCAUGUGACGCCAUGUGUAUUAAAUAUAGUUUGCAGUGACUGACCGUAUAUACUUGCAUUUUUUCAACAGCCAGUUCCUUAUCCUACCCCCAUUUCAAAAGAUUGGCCUUGGCG